AUGAAACUCCUAUCUUGGAAUGUCAGGGGCAUGAAUGCCCCUGACAAAUGGCACUUGAUUAAGCACCUGAUUGAUGACACCAAAGGAGAUAUUUGGCUACUACAGGAAACUAAAUGGAACAAGGCUGAGAUUGAUGCCAAAAUGCGAGUUUGGAAACAGUGGAAUGGGCUUUUUAGGCAAUCGGAUGGAGCCUCUAGUGUCUUGGGAAUCAUUUGGAACCCCAUGAAUGUUAAGAUCUCACUUGUUGGGGAAGAUAAGUAUUGGCAACAUUGCUCAGUUACUAUUCUUGGACGGAAUGAGAAUUUCAAUCUUUUCAAUGUGUACGAACCAUAUACUGUUGGUAAUAAACGGGAUCUCUGGGAUCUCUUAUCCAUCAAACUAAAUAGUAUUACCGAUGGUAGUUGUGUGGUAGCCGGGGACUUCAAUGCGAUCCUUUCUGGCACUAAGAAAAGUGGGGGUAUUCAAAGGACUGGUACAUCCCAGAAGGAUUUUUUGAAUUUUGUUGAGAAGAAUCAUCUUCUAGACAUUGUUCCGAAAAAUGGAAUUUUCACAUAG